AUGCCCGUCUUUACUCACCCCGCGAUUCAAGAUGGCUGGUUCCGUGAAAUUUCCUCGCAAUGGCCGGGUCAGGCCAUGACCCUCAAGGUUAAUAAAAUUCUGCAUGUCGAAAAGUCCCUCUAUCAGGACGUCCUGGUCUUUGAGUCCGAGACAUAUGGGAACGUGCUGGUGCUUGAUGGUGUGAUACAAUGCACCGAAAGGGACGAGUUCAGCUAUCAAGAAAUGAUCACACACAUUCCGAUGGCUUCACAUCCAAAUCCCGAAAAAGUUCUUGUCAUCGGCGGAGGCGAUGGAGGGGUCGUACGCGAAGCGCUUAAAUAUGACAGUGUCAAGGAAGUCGUUCUCUGCGAUAUUGACGAGGCCGUACCUCGUGUGUCCAAGUUGUACCUCCCCCACAUGGCUGAACUCUUGGCCGAUCCAAGAGUGACUGUCCAUAUUGGUGAUGGAUUCGCUUUUCUCCAAUCUCAUGAAGGCACUUACGAUGUCAUCGUCACUGACUCUUCUGAUCCCGUCGGUCCUGCCGCUUCCCUGUUCCAAAAGCCCUAUUACCAGCUCUUGCAUGAUGCCUUGAGAUCAGGAGGGCACAUCGCUGCCCAAGGUGAAUGCCUGUGGCUACAUCUACCCCUGAUCAAGGAAGUCCGGGCCAAUGCUCAAGAAAUUGGCUUCGCUCAUGUUGAGUAUGCCUUUACAACUAUCCCUACCUAUCCUUCCGGUCAAAUUGGUUUCCUACUGGCUGGUAAGACUGGCGGACAGGGCCUAAGGGAGCCUAUCAAAGGACCCAACUCCCCAACGCGAUAUUGGAAUCCAGACGUACACCGGGCUUCUUUCGUCGUACCGGAGUUCGCAAGAGCUCUGCUCGAAGAGGGUAAAGACGUAAGCCCCAAGUUUGGUACCAAUGUAUCUCUUCAGUCAGGACAGCAAAAGAAAAAGAUUCUUCUCUUGGGAAGCGGUUACGUUGCAAGACCUUGCGCUGAGUACAUCGUUCGGAGCCCCUCCAACGAAUUGACCAUUGCUUGUAGAACGCUGGCUACAGCGAAGGGCCUUGCGGAAUCCCUACCUCGAACGAAUGCCAUAUCGCUCGAUGUCAACAAGACUGAUGAACUCGAAUCUCAGGUUGCAGCUCAUGACCUCGUCAUCUCCCUUAUCCCUUACACUUAUCAUGCCGAGGUGAUCAAAGCUGCCAUCAAGGGUAAAACAGAUGUGGUCACUACCUCAUAUGUUUCACCAGCUAUGCGUGAACUGGAUGAAGCGGCCAAGGCUGCUGGUAUCACAGUCCUCAACGAAAUUGGUCUUGAUCCUGGUAUUGAUCACCUUUACGCUGUAAAAACUAUUGACGAGGUUCACGCUAAAGGUGGAAAGAUCAAACAAUUCUUGUCGUAUUGUGGCGGUCUUCCUGCCCCCGCAAAUGCGUCGAACCCCCUCGGCUACAAGUUCUCUUGGUCGUCUCGGGGUGUUUUGCUUGCCCUUCUCAACAACGCGGCUUUCCUCUCUAACGGCAAGCAAGUCACGGUUUCUGGAUCUGAACUCAUGGGUGAAGCCAAACCUUACUACAUCUCCCCUGCUUAUGCGUUUGUCGCUUAUCCGAACCGAGACUCCACUCCCUUCCGGGAUUUCUAUAAAAUUAACGGCGAAGGAGAGGGCGAGACUUGCAUUCGGGGAACCUUGAGAUACCAGGGUUUCCCGGAAUUCAUCAAGGCACUCGUGCAGGUUGGAUGGCUUAACGGAGAGGGGCAGGAGUGGUUGAAUAAAGGGCUGACUUGGGUGCAAGUUCUAGGAAAAAUGCUAGCCGUCGAAGGCGGCGACGAAGCCACAUUGAUAUCCAAGAUUAAAUCACUUUGCGCCUUCCCCAAUGAAUCCGAAGAGUCCCGAAUCAUUUCUGGAUUCCGUUGGAUUGGAAUGUUUACUUCUGACCCGAUUUCACCCCGCGCAGCAUCCGGCGCGGCACAUCCCAACCUUCUGGAUACUUUAUGCGCACGCCUCGAACAGCUCAUGGCUUACGCCCCGGGUGAACGCGACUUUGUCAUGCUUCAACACAAGUUUGUGGUCGAGUGGGCUGACAAAUCCGUGCAGACCCUUACCUCGACGCUGGAGGCAUACGGUGCACCGCUUGGGUAUGGUCACUCUGCUAUGGCUCUGACUGUGGGUUUGCCCUGUGGAAUUGCCACUCAGCUGAUAUUAGACGGUGUUCUCAAUAUGAAGGGUGUGCAUGCGCCAUACACCAGAGAAAUUUGUGAUCCAAUCAGAGAAAGGCUGGAAGCGGAGGGAGUUGGUCUGGUCGAGAGCGUGCUUUAG